CCAGAUUAUACAUGGCGGCUUGUCUGCAGGUUCAAUACGCCGGAAUUCAGGCUUUGACAAAAGCUCGAACUUCAAAGUGUGCAUUUCUUUGGGCGCAAGAGGGAGGAAAGUGACGGAACUUGUGAACCCUCUGUCUGCAGAAGCCUGGAGAAAUGUAUCAGUUUCAUCACAAGUAGAGCCUGCUAUAACGGGGCGUCCAAUUCCAUGCCAACGUUGAUUAAUUGAUACUUGCCAGCUCGUUGGGGGAUGCAAAUACAGCUGUGUCUCACAAAAAAUGUAUCACAGCUUUGUACUGGAGGUCCACUCAGAGUGACUACUUUGAGCUCAGACCGCUGCUUCUCGGAAAUUUGUAGCCUCCAGCUGUCUACACUUUUGCCCCCACCCCGUGCUAGUUUGUCUUCCAGGAAUAUAUCAAGGCUGUCAGUAGGCGCACAAUUGAAGCCACCGCUCAAAAGACUUGCGCAUAUGGCUAAGUUCAUCAACAUUCCAGAGCACAGUCACUUCCCCCUUCAGAAUCUGCCCUAUGGAGUUUUUAAACCAAGGGGCGCCCAGGCCCCAAGGGUUGGGGUGGCCAUUGGGGAGUCCAUUCUGGACCUCGCAGAACUAGCGGCAGCUGGGUGCUUCCAAGGGAGCCAAGUAGGGAGUACCCAAUGCUUUGCAGAGCCUUCUUUGAAUGCUUUCAUGUCCCUGGGGCGCGUCGCAUGGCAAGAAGCGAGGGGCAUUAUCAGAAGUCUGCUUACAGGUGAAGAAUCCCGGUUGGAGACUGACCCCGACUUGAGACAAAGGGCCAUACAUCCUAUGAGUGAAGCCGAACUCCUCCUCCCAGCUCAAAUCUGUGAUUACACCGACUUCUACUCGUCGAAAUACCACGCGGCCAAUGUCGGCGCCCUCUUCCGGAGCAGGGAGAAUGCACUCACAGAGAAUUGGUUGCAUGUUCCCAUUGGCUACCACGGGCGCGCUUCCUCAGUAGUGGUGUCAGGCACCCCGGUGGUGAGACCAAGUGGUCAGGUCGCGCCAGCUCCAGGCAGCAAAGCCCCGACCUUCCAGCCGUCUGCGAUGCUGGACUUCGAACUCGAACUGGCUUUCUUUGUCGGCCCAGGCAACGAGCUCGGCAAGCCAGUACCCAUCGAGAAGGCGAGGGACCAUAUCUUUGGGUUUGUGCUCAUGAACGACUGGAGCGCACGCGAUCUGCAACGAUGGGAGUACGUGCCUUUGGGGCCCUUUCUAGCGAAAAACUUUGCUACGUCGAUCUCCCCUUGGGUAGUUCCUCUUGAGGCCUUGGAGCCAUUCCUGUGCCCCGCACAGCCACAGGAUCCGGAAGUGCUGCCGUAUCUUCGGCAGCAAAGACGAGAGACGUACGACAUACAGCUAGAGGUGGCUUUGAAGCCGGAGCGUGCGGCCGAGGCGACCACCAUUAGUAGAACCAACUUCAAGCACGUGUACUGGACGGUGGACCAGCAGCUCGCGCACCACACCGUCUCGGGGUGCAACCUCCGACCGGGGGACCUGCUGGCGUCCGGGACCAUCAGCGGGCCGGACGACGGGAGCCUAGGCUCGAUGCUCGAAAUGUCGGAGGGCGGGAAGAAGUCAGUGCUGUUGGCGGAUGGAGAGACGCGGAAGAGGCUGCAUGACGGCGACGAGGUUUCUCUGACGGGGUACUGUCAGGGCCCUGGUUACAAGGUGGGCUUCGGGUCGUGCUCGGGCAAAAUCCUCCCAGCUUAUGCUUUUGCGACCGAGCCAAGUUAGCGUGACAAAGGUAGAGGCGUCUAGCAGUACGAGGUAAAUAGUUCUAGCAAGGACGAAAUACGCAUGCUGAGUCUAUGAUUGCUGCGCAACGAGUUAUGAAGGUGCAUUAAGGUACGCGCUCACGGCCUCUGCUGGAUAGGGAACGAAAGUAUAGCGACGCAUCUGAAACGGGAGCUUGCCCACGUGAGUAGAUCGUAUGCAGUCGAAUCUUUUAGGUGUC